AUAGAUUGAGACCUGAGGGUACAUAUCUGAAGUUACAAUCCCGAGAUGAAUUGCAUUCGAGGAACUUUAGCAAUAUGCGUAAUUGCUGUUAGCGCGCUUAGAUGGGCUAAUGCCGAGGGGACUGCCGCAGCAAGGGACCCAUUCCCGCCUUGCAGGGACGCAACAACGUGCACGUGUGAACCCGUCAUCAAUGUCACCCCACAACUAAUGGGUUAUUGCGAUUGUAAGAAUCUCACAAAUUGGCUAUCCAAUACGACAUCAGGACUUUCAGAGGCAGAAGAAAACAUUGCAGAAUUGGCCACAGAUGUAACCGAUCUAAAAGCUUCUGUUGAUGAGCUGAAGGGAGAUAGUCAUGAGCCAGACAGUAACGAUGAAUCUGACUUUGCGAACUACUACGAUGAGAUUGCACAGGCAACUUGUACAGCCAUGAAUACAGAAGGCGGAUGGACUUAUGCCGUACGUAUAGCAUGUUCAGGAUCUCGCACAUGUACCGCCAUAUGUUCGGAUGCACAGCUGAGGGCCCAAGACGUUUAUGUAGCUGACAAAAUAAUGACGUGCUUCAAUUCUCUCCAUGUUUACUGGGACCGACCAAAGUUUGCUCAUGGAGAGGCUGGAUAUGAAAAAUUGGGAUUGAAAAUUUACAGAUACAACAAUUGUGGGGGUGGCUAUUGUGGGCCCAAUUAUUGCUGUUGUAGAUCGAUAUAAGGGAAGACAAGCUGAAUAAAUCGGGAACUAGGAAAGUGUCUAAAAUAUAACACAAUGAAGAGGAUCAUAUGCCUUGGAAGGAAGCACCCAAAAAGCAAAACGCUUGCAUUCAUCAAUAUUGGUGCUAGAAAUCCAAUGUAAAUAUAAACUUACAAAGGUUGUUUGAAAGUGUCUAAAAUAUUACACAAUGAAGAGGAUCAUAAUAUGCCUUGGAAAGAAGCACUCAAAAAGCAAAACGCUUGCAUUCAUCAACAUUCGUUCUAGAAAUUCAAUGUA